UUGCUCAUUCCUUGAUAUUCACAAACCACCAGUGGCGCUCUUUCUCCGCAGGAUCCCCAAAGUGUCUGCGGUCUGCCAUUUACAACAACGAGUCAGGUGUGCGUAAACGGAACGUUGUAUGGGAUUUACGCAGCCAAACACGGAAAGGGAAUAGCGAAUUCGCACGUAAUUUGUGGGAGAAAUGUCCAAGGGGUUGGGCCAAAUCAGAUCCUCGGGAAAUGCUCCCUCCUUUGGGCUGCCGUCCGUGCUGGGGUUCGUGAUUUGUCCGGCGGAUGGCACACACAAGCCACUGACUCCAGCGUGAGAAGAGAAAGGCUCGUAAUUUUUCGUUAAACCCGAGGCACUGUUAUCAUCUGUGGAUAAGCUCCGACGGAGGGACAUGAAAACGACCCACACUCAGUGAAAUGCCUCGGCCGACGACGUGUUGCAGUUAAGAGAACCGAACCGUCAACCUCUGGCGGCUUGAAAACGACCGUGUGAUUGAUUACGCUUUUUGAUGGCAUGCAUCAGGUCUGGCUGACACCCGACAGUUAACCGAGCAACCUCCGGCUUUUUGAUGUCUCCGAGUCCAUUCAUCCUGCUGUUGUAAUGACGUCUGUACGGUUAUUCUAAUUCUGUCGGUGAGACAUUUGUGAAUCCACCCCACACCCCACCCCAGCCCCCUAACCCUGAACCGGUAACGGUGAGAGCGAGGCUGAGGCGGGUCGGCAGUCGGAAGGAUAUGGGAGAGCGAGCGGAACCGAUGCAGUGGGUCUUGGCAAGGCAUCGUCAAAAUUCAGGGCAGUGAUGCCUGGCAUGGUGAUGUUUCGGCGGCGCUGGUCAGUUGGCAGUGAUGACCUGGUGCUGCCCGCCCUCUUCCUUUUUUUAUUGCACUUAAUCUGGUUGGUGGUUCUGUCCGUGGUUUUGUUCGGCCUCCCGUAUGGCUCAGACCAGUCCUGUUCCGUCACACUGGUGGACCAUGGCCGAGGGUACCUGGGCAUCCUGGUCAGCUGCCUUAUCUGUGAGAGCGCCAUCAUGUGGUUGAGCAUGAGAGGCAGCAUUCUGUACACGCAGCCCAGAGAAGCUGUGCAGUACGUCCUUUAUAUACGGCUAGCUAUUCUGUUGGUUGAGUUAGUAUAUGCAGUAGUGGGAAUUGCCUGGCUUGUCCAGUAUUACCAGCCCUGCUCUGAUGUCACUGCCAAAAACCUGGCUUUGGGAAUUGUUGCAUGCAACUGGCUAGUGAUAUUCAGCGUCUGCAUUACCCUCAUGUGCACCUUUGAUCCUACGGGUCGGACUUUCGUCAAACUGAAAGCCACCCGUCGGCGUCAGCGUAACCUCACUACGUACACGCUCAGACAUAGGCUAGAGGAAGGCCAAGCCAGCAGCUGGAGCAGGCGACUAAAAUUCUUCAUGUGCUGCACAAGAGCCCAGGAUACACAGUCGGAUGCGUAUUCAGAAGUGGCCAGCCUUUUUGCAGAGUUCUUCAGAGAUCUGGACAUUGUGCCUAGUGAUAUUAUUGCUGGCCUGGUACUUCUUCGCCAGAGACAGAGAUCUAAGAGAUCCUCUAUCCUGGACCAGGCCAACAAUGACAUUUUAGCCUUCUUAUCUGGAAUGCCUGUCACUCGUAACACUAGAUACCUGGACCUUAAGAACUCAGCCGAGAUGAACAUGUACAAGGAUGUGUGUUAUUACAUGCUGUUUGCCCUUGCUGCAUAUGGGUGGCCCAUGUACCUAAUGAGGAAGCCUGCCUGCGGGCUGUGCCGCCUGGCCAGCUCCUGCCCUUGUACAUCAGUGUCUGGCUCCCGGUUGUCUCAGUCCGUAACAGUAGAGGAGGACAAUUGUUGUGGCUGUAAUGUCCUGGCCAUUCGCAGACACUUCUUGGACAGGGACCUCAAGCAGGUUCACAUUGUCUACACUUCCUGCCACGAUGCUGUUUACGAGACCCCGUUUUUUGUGGCAGUGGAUCAUGAGAAAAAGAAGGUGGUCAUCAGUAUCAGAGGAACGCUAUCACCAAAGGAUGCCUUGACAGAUCUGACGGGGGAUUCUGAACGUUUGCCUGUGGAGGAGCAGCACGGGACCUGGCUUGGCCACAAGGGGAUGGUUUACUCAGCAGAAUACAUUAAGAAGAAACUGGAGCAGGAAAUGAUCUUGUCGCAAGCCUUUGGAAGAGACUUGUGUGACUCUGACUCUGGCGGUCUCUCUCAGAGCAAGGGCACCAUGCACUAUGGACUGGUGAUAGUCGGACACUCUCUUGGCGCGGGCACUGCUGCUAUCCUCUCCUUCCUGCUGAGACCUCAGUACCCCACACUUCACUGCUACUCUUACUCUCCACCUGGUGGCCUUCUUAGUGAGGAUGCCAUGGAGUAUUCCAAAGAGUUUGUCACAUCAGUGGUAUUAGGAAAAGACCUGGUACCGAGGCUUGGUCUGUCCCAACUGGAGGGUUUUCGACGCCACCUUCUGGAAGUCUUACAGAAAAGUAACAAGCCAAAGUGGAGGAUCAUUGCGGGAGGCACCAAAUGCAUCCCAAAGUCAGAGCUUCCGCUAGAGGAUGAUGAUCCUCAAUCUCAGCCAACAGCACCCCCCAACAGUUGCCUGUGGCUCCACCCUAGUGACCUCAGCAUUGCCCUGUCAGCCUCCACCCCACUUUACCCUCCUGGCAGGAUCAUCCACGUGGUGCACAACCAUCCUCCAGAGACAUGCUGUGGUCAGGAGGAGCCAACCUACUCAGCUCUGUGGGGGGACAACAAGGCCUUCAAUGAGGUCAUCAUAUCACCUGCCAUGCUUAAUGAGCACAUGCCCCACAUGGUGAUGGAGGGCCUCAACAAGGUGCUGGAGAACUACAACAAAGGGAAAACCGCUUUGCUGUCAGCAGCCAAGAUCAUGGUGAGCCCGACAGAAGUGGACUUGAACCCAGAGUCCAUGUUCAUGGAUACAUCAACAACUUCUCAGCAGCCGACGCCUACAACCCACCACCGCAGGAACAGCAGUGUUCGACAAAAACCAUUGUCACGUUCAUGUGCCCAGUCUGAAAUAUCCCUGGAUGGUUUCUCUGAGUGCCCUCCUCCCCCAGUGCCUGUAGUGCUGCGUGGAGCACGGGAGCGCUUGGCAGUGGAGCUGAGGGAACGCAAAGCACCACUGGCUGUCAUGGAGAGUCUGUCAGAUGCAGAAUCCCUCUAUAGCCUGGAUUCCCGACGCUCCUCUGCUGCGCUGAGGGGUUCACCGAUGCUGAGUAGCCUCCCGUUCCCUUUGGAUGCCCCAAUCCCAGAGGAGAACCCGUCCCUCAGCUCCCGCACUGAACUACUGGCUGCUGACUGCCUCUGCCAGGCAACGCCAGAGCACCUGGGUGAAGUUGGGCCUUUCUUUACCCCACUGGAAUCCAGAUCCACCCCUGAAUACCCCAUGCGGCUGUCUCCCGCCACACCUCGCUACAGUGGACACCAUUCCCCAGCUCUACUAAACCAGAGCGUCUUGGCUCAGCCUUUCAAGCCAGAGCUUAACGCUAACCCAAAAAUGCUUCCUGACGGGGAUCACCAACAGAUGCCUGGUGUCUACAGUCCAGGGAGCACUCCUAACUCUCCGCUCAGCCCACAAAUUGGUUCUAAACCAGUGGAUAGAGAAAAGAAAGAUUGGGAGCUGGGGACAGACGAGAAACGGUUAAGUCCAGGGGCCAGACCGGCAGCUUCUACUCCCCCACCCCAACUCUCCAAUGGGAAUCCCAGCCAGGCAGUGUUGGAGUUCGCCCAGUACCUAGACUCUCUAUUCAGAUUGGACGGCAGCAGCUCGCCGCCUAUGGAGCUGUCUGACGGGGAGUCCGAGUCAGGCCGGGGCUCCUUUGGUCAGGGUGAAUGUCUCGAAAAUGGGCAGCAGUUGGAUGACAAACAACUCUUGGCCAGAGCAACACUGGAGCCUAACCUGGUCCCCAAGCCCCCACGUACUUUUGCUGGGUCUGCUGACCCCUCUUCUGGCAUCUCCUUGUCACCCUCCUUCCCUCUCUCGUCGUCCGAGGAGCUCAACGACCUUUCACCCGGCGAGGGUGCCCUGCCAGCCAUACACUCCCUACGAACAUCCACCCCUUGCCACUGUCCUGAAGAGAACACACUAUCAUCAAUGGUGUAGUGUGCUCCCAAGACUCCAGCGGUUCUCUGCUCCAUACUGAGAGGCGUAAUCAUCCAAAUUUUAAAACAUAUCACAGUACAUGCAUGCGAUGAAUGCAGUCACUCAUCCGAGAUCCAGUGACAGAACUUGACGGACCAAACUCACAAACUAUUUCCAUUCUUCAGGUGUCUCCUUUGAACACUGUUAAUAGCAUUUUCACACUAUUGCAAUGACUAAGAGAAAAAAAGAUACCUCUCUCUGCAUGUCAGGGGGCUGUACUGCUUUUGGGCCAAUAUAAUAUAACUGUAGCUUCACAAUGCCAUUCCAAAACAAUGUCGUCUCACCCACAUAGGGACGCAUCAGCAUCACACCAAUUCCUUGACUUAACAAAAUCAAAGGGUGAACAGUUAACUGAGCAGGAAUUCAAAAAGCAACACUGUAGAGGAGGUUAGCAUAGGCACAUCAUCUGGGUUGAUGUACUGUAAUACUUCCUGCACCCUCAGCAGCUCCAGCUUUUAUUUUGGUUUUAUUUUUAAAAUCAGGAAUGUGAAGAUGGACAUGUUCGUCAGUCAAUAGAAGUGAGAAGACAUUCUGAAAUGUUCCUCAGGUCUAUAAAGAAUCGACUUUGAGAAAGAGAGUGUGUUACAUUGGUGAGAAUUCACGUGUCUUAAAAAAAUGUAGUGAUUGUGACAAAGUUAUUACAGACGCCUAUGGAUGUUUUCAAGUCUUUGGUUACUCUUUAUAGUGCAUGAAGAAGUUUUUUUUUUCCUUUAUUUUUAACGAGAAAUUGUCAAUAAGCCACUUAGAUUGACAUUUGGAUACUCUUGCACACAUCACAUUGCUCAAUUCAAC